UCUGUGAUUCUAUGUUCAGUCGAUGGAGUUGCACUUGUGCCAAUUUGUAUCAGGUCCGAAUUUGGCCCUAGGAGCUCAGAUACUGAAGGUGGGAAGUGGCAACCAGCAGGAUCUCAGAUGCGCCCCCAGAAAUAGGAUUAGGAAACAGACAGAAAUCACUCUCAUGAAGGAGGUGAGGAAGGGAGCCGGGGAAAGAGAAGCCAUUCGUGGGAGGCCCGCAGAAGGAACAAUGCUUGGCAGUGUGGGGUUAUUCUUUUUAUCCAGAGGGACGUGUUUGCAGAGGGGGCUGGAUUUCUCCCCUUGGAGCCAAUCCCUUUCUGUGCCCGAGAUCCGAUCACCUGUUCACUGAGGUGAGGCAAUGGGCAGAGGAAGGGGGGGUCUCGUUCCCUAGGAGAAUGCCAGCGGGGAAAUGGAAUGUGCCCUCAGAUAGGUAGGUGGUAGAGACAGAAAGAUCCCUACUCCCCCAUUCACCCUCCCUUGUCCUACUGGAGAUGCUUGUGGGACAGAGGAGGGGAGAAGGGUACAGUGGAAGCUGGGGUUCAUGCCCCCCCCGGGACCCCUAUAAAUACCAAUGCGCUGUGAUCAUGAUGACGCUCUGAGGGCACUAAUUGUGCCUGCCUAGACUGUAAGCUCCUUGGGGCAGGGAACUCCUCUGCUGUGUGUCCGUAAUCCCCCACCUUGCCCACGACCCUAUAGAAAAACUCCCCCUAGAGAGUAGGUCUCAGCAACCUGCUCCAUCCAGCCUGCCUCCCAUGCACUGCAUUCUCACAGCACCCAGCUGCUCUCUGCAUCUCUCCUUUCCUGCUUUCACUUUCCUCCACUCCCCCUCAUUCCUUCUCCGUCUCUGGCUUGCCCUCCGUCACCAUCUGUCACAACCACCCCCUCAUUCCUGUACUCUCUCUCCCCCUCUUCCUUUCUCCCUCCCUUCCUCUCUCUCUCCAUCAUAAUCACUCUGGUACUCCCCUCUUUUCCUUCUCCCCGUUCUCCCUCCCCUACUAUUCAUUCUCUCUCUCUUAUUCUCAUGCUCGCUCUCCCCCCCACCCCACCAAGUCUAUGCUGAUUGGCUGGUGGGAUCAUUCCCGGGAGUAACUGACAUGCUUGCUAUACCUAACCCUGUCCACAAAGCCCCCACUUCAGUGGAUGGAGAGCUAGAGAGGGGAGUCCUGGCUCCACUGAGCAGUGCUGGGAGCUGGGUCUGGUCCCUGCAGCAGGCAAGCCCUGGAAACCAGAUGGGAGAGUGUGAACAGCCAGAUGUGGCAGUGCUGGAGGAAGGCAGAAAAGUCCCACCACCUCUGGAGCAGCAGAAGAGGUGAGGGCAGCAGGCACCUCUGGAGAGAAGUGUGACAAGCAAUUCCAGCCCCUCUAGGACUCAAACCACACAGAGAUUUCAUUGGGAAAUUUUUUUUAAAGGAGAAGAAACAAUAUGACAAACAUUCUUCCUGCGUGUGGAAGAACAUGUAAAUCCCAUUGACACCUGACCCAGUGAGAGCUCGCCCGAUCCUUCCUCUGCCAUGGACUCUCCUGCUUUCACCUUCCCCACUCCUGUGGCUUCUGAGGAGUGGAACAUCUCCACCAGCUGGGCAAGUUCUACCCUGGGGAACCUAUCCACAGCUGCCAGCCCGGGCAUGGAUGUCAGCGGAGUCCUCAUCCCCCUGGUCUACUUUAUUGUCUGCGUGGUUGGGCUGGUUGGGAACUCCCUGGUCAUCUACGUGGUCCUGUGCCACUCGGUGAGCGAAUCGGUGACCAACGUCUAUAUCCUCAACCUGGCGCUGGCGGACGAGCUGUUCAUGCUGGGGCUGCCUUUCCUGGCUGCGCAGAACGCACUCUCCUACUGGCCCUUCGGCUCCUUCAUGUGUCGCCUGGUGAUGGCCGUGGAUGCCAUAAACCAGUUCACAAGCAUCUUCUGCCUGACUGUGAUGAGCGUCGACCGUUACCUGGCUGUGGUGCACCCAGGGAAAUCGUCAAAGUGGCGGACGGCCCGUGUGGCCAAGGCCGUUAGCGCCACGGUGUGGGUGCUGUCAUCAAUCGUGGUGCUGCCAGUGGUGGUGUUCUCGAACGUCCCCCUGGGGAUGAGCACUUGCCACAUCCAGUGGCCCGAGCCAGCCUCCAUGUGGAGAGCUGGCUUUAUCAUCUACACGGCCGCACUGGGCUUCUUUGGGCCGCUGCUGGUGAUCUGCCUCUGCUACCUGCUCAUCGUCGUCAAGAUCCGCUCUUCCGGCCGGAGGGUGCGGGCCCUUUCGGCCAAGCGCAAGCGGUCAGAGCGCAGGGUCACUCGCAUGGUGGUGGCUGUGGUGGCUGUCUUUGUGCUCUGCUGGCUUCCCUUCUACGUGCUCAACAUCAUCAACGUGGUCUGCCCGUUGCCCGAGGAGCCGUCUCUCUUCGGGAUCUACUUCCUCGUCGUGGUGCUGCCCUACGCCAACAGCUGCGCCAACCCCAUCAUCUAUGGCUUUCUCUCCUACCGGUUCAAGCAGGGUUUCCGCAGGGCCAUCCUGAGGCCGUCCCGCCGGGUGCAGAGCCAGGAGGUGGUGGCAUGUCCCGCAGAGAAGACUGAAGAGGAGGAGGAAGUGGAGGAGAGCGGGGUCAGCAAGAUUGCCCAGAAUGGCAAUGGCAGACAGGAGUGUCCCCUGACCAAUGGAGCAGCAGGAGGCAGUGAGCAGAAGCCACUCCCGGAGGAGCCUGGGAGCUGUGAUAAACCCAAUGCACUGCACAUCAGUUAUUUGUAGAGAAUGGAAGGGGGAGGCUCUGUCCCUCUGUCUCCUGGACACUCCAGUCUGUAUCUGUGGGGGUUUGCAGACUGCGGGGCAGCAAGGUCUAAGGUUCCGCUUGAUGAGGAACCGUAGAUGAGACGAGUUCGAGGAGUGUCGGGAAGGGCAGAGCGCCUCCAGUGACUUCAGAAAUCCCUGUGGGAGGGGCAGGGCAACAGCAUCUGGGCUGGGCUUGGAAGGGGGGACUGGAUAAGGGCAGAUGGGUGUGGGGAGCUGCAGAGGGGAGUCCAGCACUGAAUCCCCCUAUAACCCACAUAGAGUAUUAUGAGUGGUUGCUAAUUACUCUAAUGCCCUCGUCAGCUGCCCAAGUUGUCCCAGUGUCCAUGGGAACCAGACACUCUGGGGCAGGAUCAUGGGGACAAUUCCCACCCUCCAAAAAACACAUACAAUCUGCCCCCUAGGGUUGUCAUAGAAUCAUAGAAUAUCAGGGUUGGAAGGGACCUCAGGAGGUCAUCUAGUCCAACCCCCUGCUCAAAGCAGGUCUAAGCCCCAAUUUUUGUCCCGAUCCCUAAAUGGCCCUCUCAAGGAUUGAACUCAAAACCCUGGGUUUAGCAGGCCAAUGCUCAAACCACUGAGUUAUCCCUACCCCCCGUCCAGCUACUCUAGUAUCUCUUGGGGACAGCUCCCCACCUCCUGUGUGACCUGAUAUCGUCUCAAUUGCAUGGAAUAUCCUGGUUCUUUAAAGGGUUCUCAUGUCCCACCUGCAGACUGUUCUAAUAGGGCUGGUUUAGGAGAGUGGAGCAGAGUAUGAGACACACCCUUCCCCAUCUCGCGAUCCCAGGGUUUCAUGGUGUUAUUGUGCCUGGUGGACAACUGAAGAAGACCAAGAGGCCACGGAUUGGGGGCAGGGUGUUCUGCAAGCUGUAAUUUCCACCACCCUCCUCCAUCUUAUCACAAAUAAACAUGAAGAUUUAGGACCCCGUGAACAAUUUCAAA